CCAGAUUUAUGGUGUGCAAAUGGUUAGCUAGGACUCCUAGGAGGCUUUUUUCUCCGCAUUUGUUUUCUGGGAUUAGGGUUUAUGGAACAACGAACGAUUGCUGAAUCUACGAGCUUCCCAACUGUUUUCUUCUUCUAACUUCGAAACGCGCCUAUAAUCUCAUAUCACCUUCAUCGCUUUCCACAUUCAUCGAUACGUACACCCGAAAUGGUCGAGAGAAAGGUAUACAAAACGAAGCUAUGCGUGCUGUAUCAGAAGGGCCACUGCCACCGCCAUAGCUGCAACUUUGCUCACGGCGAUGCUGAGCGGCGCCGAUUCUCCGGUCCGUUAGAAGGUAGGCGAGACUAUCGGGGACGUGAUCUUAGAGAAAAGCUUAAUAGGAGAUAUUCUCCACCACGUAGAUACCCUCUUAGACGAGAUAUAAGUGGACGACAUGCAUCCCGUGGUGACAGUCCAUCGGGAUCUCUGGAGAAGAGUGAUAGAAGGCGCCGAAAGAGGCAGCAACCAGAUGGCCAGAGUGACUUAUCUGAAAGUCUGCAAACAUCAAAUGAGACCCAAUAUCGCUUGAAAGAGAAGUGCGUCUCUUAUGAUUCCAAGCACACUCUUAAGAUAAGGCAGUUGCAAUCUGAAAUCAAGAAGCUCGAUGACCGCAAAAAAGGAUUAGAGGUCUACCUGGAAGAUAGAACUCUAGAGGCAGAAAAACUGGCCUUGAAAGUUGAAGAGCUUGAAGUGCAGUUGUUCAAAGAAAAAGAUGAAUGUAAAAGGAUAUCAUCCAGGAUAAAGAAGUUCAUUGAAGCACAUAAGCACCUCUCUCGUUUACAUGAUGAAGUUAAGAGGUCAGAUGCUCAACUUCGAAAACUUGGUGAAAAACUUUUCUCAAGUGCUAGUGCAAGCGGGGAUGAUUUAAGCAUGAACAUAGUAACUGAUGGAGAAGCUGUUGGUUGCCCCAUCAUCUAUGGAGAGAUGAGAAAGAACAUGUCUCCACGUAAGAAAAGGUCACGAAUGAACCCAGUAGAUGGGGAUGUACCAGGUCAAGGUAAUCCAUCAGAAGGAGCGUAUGCAGAAAUGAUAAGCUUGGAAAAUAAUCAUUCUCGAAGAAAUGUGCUUCAGGUUCAAUCUAGUAAUGACAAAAAAGAGAAGGCAGAUAUCAUUAGAACAAGCGGUUUUCAGGAUGCUGAAGGUGAAGACAGGCCUGUAAGAGGGGAAGAUUGUUCUACCAACACUGCAUUGGUGGAAAAGCCCAAGGGAAUUUUUGAGGUGUUGCCUUCAACAGGCAUGGCAGCUCAUGCAGAGGACGAAGAUGUUGAAGUUGUUGAAAUAGAGGAAAAACACGAGAUGUAUGAGAAUGCUUCUGUAGCAGUAGCUGGAGAAGCUGUUUUUGAUGUCAAAAAGUUUACUUCUCUACCACCUCUGCCACCACUUCCAAUCUAUAAAGAUUCUUAUUCACAGUUGAAGGGCCAAGACGAGAAUGUGGACAUAGAUGGUGUUGAUGAAGAGACGACAGAAGUGGAUAUCGUUUGAACAUGUACUGCCUUAACUAUGAUACUUCUAGCUUUAGUAUGGUAGAUUUUACCCUAUACAUCUUUUUUUUGUGCAUCACCAUAUUUUUAUGCAUUUCCUGGAAAGGUGAAGAAAGAAUUUAUGCAUCAUUAUUUGUGUGCAUCUGCUUUCUCAAGUUAUGUGAUCCAUGUUCAUGUGUUUUUGUUGAUAACUUGGUUUCCU